AAACAACUCUGAUAAAGUGAAGCGAAAGAAUAUUUUUAGCCUUGACUGAAUGUCUUUUUUUAAAGCAGAUGUCUUGUCCUUCUUUCACAAUCUGUUCUAUUAGAUAUUGAUGUGUGAUACAUUUGAUCUGAUGUGUGUGUUUGAUCAUCUGUUAUACCUUUACUUGCUGAGACAGUUCAGGGUCUUUUGUGAUGUAAAUUCAACAUCCUAUAGCCUGUGUCCUUUGAAGGAUGGAAGAGGCUCAGACAGACCUAGACAGAGAUUUUUCUCAGGAAUUCACCGUAGGUGUCACAGAGACGAAGCUCGCCCCCCUCCCUUGUCAAAAAAAAAAGAAUCUUGCUUGCUUCCACACCAUAUGGAGAAUUGUCCCAAUUUCUUUUUCCUUUAUAUCAAAUGCAAUGCGUUUCAAGUCAAACCUUUUGUAGCAUAUACAGUACCACAUGCGAUUUGGGCUCUUGUGUGGCGACGCAAACUUUGUGACUUUUUGAUAUCUCGGUGAAUGCUGUCUGACAAGUUUCUGUCACUCACACUUUUUACCUUUUUUCUCUCUCCACCAGCAAGCAUAUUUUCUACCCCAUCGAUUGAUUAGCAUACAUCAAGCAACUGUCGUCAUGGCAAAACUUCAUUUGAAUCUUCAGUACUUUCCCCGUGUCUUUCAACCAGCAGCUGUCAGCCACAUCAACACUAGACACGCUCUGCGCCAGACAAAGUUAAAUUGAAGCACACUCUAACACUAUAUAUAGAUAAAAUGUCACGUCUUUCAAGAGACAAGGCACCUUCGAAGUCGUCAAUACAGAGCGCGUUAUCACGGGCAAAAUAACUUUGAAACUGGAGAAGAGAGUAAAGAUGAAACGAUUAUUCUCUCUUCCCACUUUGUGCUUGAAAGAGGGAAAAGGCGAGAUUAUUCUAAAGUGGGUAGAAGCGUUUAAGGGGCUUGCUUUUUGAUCUGCCUGUCCGUCAACGAAAACGAAGAGCACCUCCUGAUGCUUCUGAUCGUUAGGUGUCCUCAAAGUGUCUCAAAGUCUCUUUGUUAUCGCUGAGUGUGUCGAUUAAAGGGAGGAAUAUCAUUUAUUCAUUUUGCCAUUGAGCGAAAGAAAGAAAGGAUUCAAGAGCUUAGCGUUCAUUUUUGUCAAACUCUCGAGGUGCGGUGAUGAAGUCAGCUUUCUUUUGAAAGUUGAGGUAAAAAGAUGUGGAGUGAAAGUUUUUGCUCUGCAAAUUUUGAAAGGCCCCAUUGAGAUGAAAUAAAUAGUGAUCAAACUUUAUUAAACUUUUCUUUUAACAGCACCCUGUAGGAUGACAGUUCUGAGAAGCAUUCUGUCGAACAAGGUUUUGCUGAUGGUCGUAACUAAUACAUAAAAAACCACACAGAUACACACAAUCUCUCUUUCUAUUAUAUUAUAUAUCUGUCUGUCUCAUACACACACACACACACACACACACAUACUCCGACGGAGAACAUAUAAAGUUUAGUGCAUGUUUAUUGGUAUAUGCCAGAAUCAACACACUCAGGACAAUGCCACAUUCGUUGUCGCUCUGUUUUCCAAACACGGCAUCUGAUUCUUUAACAUGCUUCUCAGUGUGGAAGUCCCUUCCAUUCCUACUGUUUCAGUUAUUUAUUUAUUUUUUCAAAUACUCAGUCCUGUUGCGAGGUGUCUCUUAGAAGUUGAAAAGUUCUUUUCAAGCCCGAAGUUUUUGCCGUCUUCACUUUUCAACUGGCAAGAUGAAUAUCAGUGGGACAAAGCACAGAAAGGAAAGGCUUUUGACAAGACUUCUGAAGGCCCAGGAGCUCGUCCUGUCUCUCCCUUUUGCAGUUUUCCCAUAACUGGCUUUCUCGUGUGGCUGCUAAAAAGACACCGUAUCAAAUGCAAACUGAGAAGUCACAGUCUUUCAAGAUACAUCAGUGGGGCCCUUGUGGAUAUGCUGCUCUGCUUAGGUUUUUCACAACUUUUGAAAAAUUAGAAAUUGGUGCAUUCUCUCUUGUGUUAUCAGAGCUGCUGACAGUAAGUUCAUGUUCUGUAUGUGCAAAAAGACGAUGCCAUGAAUACAUGACCCAGAGCAGAGUUGAAUUUUAAGGUGCGACUUGUCAGACUUUAACUUCCACAGUAUGAUGUGAUUUGUAUGUCUUCUCUUUUAUGAGACAAUAUAUUGCUGUCAUGAAAUCACAGAAGUGGUGUUUACUUUUCUAUAUAAAGCAGACCUCUCUCAUUCAUAAAGAAAUGUGUGUAACGCUAGAGGAAUGGACGAAAGCAUUUAUGUUAUAAAACAACAUAAAUGUCCAAGUUUGUUUUCUUUUCAUACAGGCAUGAGUUUCUCUUUGUAGCUUGUGCUGUCUCGACAAUCUGUGUUGGAUAUUUGAAGUCCAAACAGUCAGUGUUUCGCGUUCACCAAGGCUGGGGGGCCUGUGGUUUAACACUUUCAAGAAUCACUUUGUGAGGCGGCAUCGUGGGGCAGCCUCAAGAAAACCUGAAAUAGCUGAAACUAGACCUCUGUGCAAAUAAUCACCCUGGGCCUCUGUAAACCGUCAUGUUUAUGCAUUGUAAAUUGUGAAAAGGAAUGCUUUAACAUUGUGUGGCAUAUGUAUUUCAAGGCUUUGAACGUUGGAUGGUAUCCGAAUUUCACCCACACAACCACAGGCUUUUGCUCUCGCCUUUUGACUGAAAUAUCAUUCAGAUUCCACUGGGACUAAAAAAAAGCAACCUUUUUUUGAGGCUGCCUAAAGAAUGUCUCUGAAACAAUUCCCAAGCUGCUUCCAUGCAUUUAGCUAUCACUGCCGCAGGGUCAAAAACCUUCCACCAACUUCUCACUAUUCUAAGUUUUCCUUUGGUGACUAUGCAUUUUUGAAAUUACACAACAGGCUUUGAAAGGUUUGUCUGAGUCCUGACUUCAAAGAUGUUCUAAAUCCAUAGAAGACAUAUUAUAAUCCUCCACUAAAACUGGACAUGCAAAGUAACAACAGAGCUGCUUACAUAAACUCACAGUGGAAGAUAUUUAGAUGUUGCGUCAACCUCUUAAAGGAGUUUGUAAGAAAUCAUUUUGGCGGGAGUGCAGUCGCCACACCGGUUAUCUCUUUCCAUGUAAUUUACUUCAUUUGUAACACACCUUCUCCUUUGAUCUGUGGUUUUGAAAGCUUGACUGCAUGACACACACAGACAAAGAUGCACCCACUCCUUGUAUCCUCAACAGGUUAUAUCACCUUCAGUAUGUCUCAGGCUCAAAAAGACACACAAAUUUCUUAAAAAGAUUUGGUGGUUUUACUUUUGUAGCUUCCCUCCUUAUGCGUAAUUUACUUAUUAGUGUCUUUUGAAAUACACAACUAUUUGAAAUUUUCCAAGUGACUCCCAAAGGCCCCAUGUGUAAAGGAUAUUUGGUCUGAUUUUAAAUUAAAAAUGUAAUGAAAUUCAAAUUCUCCUCACUUUUUUUAAGGUGACAAAACUCAUCACAUCGAAUACAGCAGCUUUGUCAGUGGACCUACGAUCAAACUAUGAUGCUCUACGUACCCCUCUAGCAUCACUUUUGCAUUUGUCCGUUUUCCAUCAGUUUCUGCUCGUUACAUACAUACACCGUCUUUUUAAAAUAAGCUUCCUUGUUGGCAAAAAAAAUCACAGGGACUAAGCAUCGGUUAACAACGUUGGCCACUCAGAUGGUUAACUGAAAGUAUGGCUGUUGGAAUUUAAGUUUAUAAUGAAGUUAUACUACUUUUUCAUACUGACGGUAUCAGUCUGUACCAAAAGCUUCCAAGCCCCCCUGGAGAACAAUAGGGGAUGCUGCUUUUUCUCAAUAAUUCUCGAUAUUUGUAAGUUUUCCUGGCCAAAAUGGGACAUACAUUUAAUAUUGCUGCUGUAGAAAUAUGAGGCUUUCCUCAUUACUGUAUCACCAAACUGAAAAAAAACAGUACCGUAACUUGACUCCCUUUACCUUUUACAUUUUUGAGUUUUCCAAUGGGAAUACAAAAUGUGAGGAACCAACAAUAUGUGAGAAAUGUGCUGUCAGUGCUAUAAAUAAAGAGUCACCACUGGACUUUCAUUCCUGUGUGUUCAUAUUCGACAUGAAAAAAAAUCCUUGUGUUAAAUCAACACACCAUCAAUCUCAGAGUCUAAAUUGAUCUUCUGUGAACAAGGGCCGGUUUGGACAUGGCUCCCAGACAAAAACUGUCAACAUGGCAGGUUCAACAGGCGUGUCAAGAUCUCAAAACUCUGCAGUCAUGCCUCUCCUGUGGCUUUGAUCUUGCUUCCUCGGCAUAUACACACACAUUGGUACGCUCCCACGUGUGCACAUGUAUGCAGUUACACACACCCAGGUGAAAUCCUCUCUCCUUUUGUGAAGCAUUAAGGUGAUUUAUACUGGGCAGAAAAGCAAGGAGGGUGACAUUUUGGAACUUUGGAGCUCAGAGGGCGCUUUGAGAAGAAAUAUGAUAAAUGAUGUCAUGUGGUAUGUCUUGGAGAGAAUGUUGAGCUCCCACCUCAUCUGUGUAGCUGCUGAACUCUGGGCAGAGUAGCUUGUGCAUUCCUGUUCAUUUGAUAACAUGCGCUUAUUUUUUAAACACUCCAUAUCACAGAUUAUCAUGCAGCUCACUGAGUCACAGAGCCAGCAAUAAAUGAGCUUCAGUGUGGGAACAACCUGUAGAUUAUACAACCUUCUAAAAGUUAUACAACAUGAGAGGAUUUGUAGUUUGUUUUUUGUUUACUUGUAAAUAUCAAGUAACUCUUGUGUUUGUUUAUUUCAGGUGGCAGCUAAUGUUUUGGAGGAAACAUUAGAAUAGAGCGCACAUGCAGCGAUGGAGUGAAGAGGAGCUGAGAAGCUCCCCCGCUGCUUUUAGAGAGUGAGGAGGAUUAGGCUGGAGCUCAGUGGAGGCACGACGGCACUCUCGCACAGGCAACCGGAGCUGGAGCCAUGAGCAGGGCGCUUACGGAGCACAUCAGCAGUAGCUUCCGAGAAGAUGCUCCUCGUCCUCCGGUACCGGGGGAGGAGGGAGAGGCGUCAUGCUACAACCCCAGCAGAUCUGCCAAAAUGAGAGCCCAGAGCAAGGUUAAAGAUACUCCCGCCGCCGCGCCUCCCGGCUCCACACCGCGGAGGAACGAGGAUGGACUCGGGGAGCCAGAGGGCAGCGCGUCCCCGGACUCGCCCCUAGUCCGGUGGACAAAGUCUCUGCAUUUUCUCCUGGGCGACCAAGACGGCGCUCACCUCUUUAGGACCUUUUUGGAGCGAGAAAAUUGCGUGGACACUUUGGACUUUUGGUUCGCCUGCAACGGCUUCAGGCAAAUGGACUUAAAGGAUACCAAAACGUUGCGGGUCGCCAAAGUUAUUUUCAAGCGGUACGUCGAGAACAACGGCAUUGUCGCCAAGCAGCUGAAACCCGCCACCAAGACCUUCCUAAGGGAUAGUAUUAAGAAACAACAAAUAGACUCUGCCAUGUUUGACCAGGCGCAGACGGAAAUCCAGUCCAACAUGGAAGAGAAUGCAUACCAGAUGUUUUUGACCUCUGACAUAUACCUCGAAUACGUGCGCACGGGCUGCGAAAACGCGGCGUACAUGAACCACGGCAGCCUCGGCAGCCUCAAGCUGAUGUGCGGAUACCUUCCUCCUCUCAUAGAGGAAGAGGAGUGGAGUUGUAAUGACCUGAAGGCAAAAACGUUAGGGUCUGUGGUUGGACUGUCUGCGAAAACCCUGAGGGCUACUGCUACCAUCCGGACAGCAGCUGAAGUGCUGGAGAAUAGUUGCAGGUCCCUACGUCGAGGAGACCCCGCCAGCCCCUACUUUGUCAACUCCGGCUACAUUUUUGCCCCUGCCACCAGUGCCAACGACAGCGAGAUCUCCAGUGAUGCUACGACGGACGAUUCCAUGUCCAUGACGGACAGUAGUGUAGAUGGAAUCCCUCCAUAUAAGCUGGGCACUAAGAAGCAACUCCAGCGAGAGAUCCAUCGCAGUGUCAAGAUCAAUGGCCAAAUAACGCUACCCCACUUUCCUAGGACACAUCGGCUACCAAAGGAGAUGACCCCUGUUGAGCCCUCAGCCUUUGCUGCCCAGCUCAUAUCGCGGCUGGAGAAGCUGAAGCGAGAGCAGGACACCAUGAGCUCGUUGGAGGAGAGGCUGCAGCAGAUCCAGGAGGAGGAGGAAAGGGAGGAGAGCGUUGAGCUCACCAGCAGCACGUCCCUCCAUCACCCUCUUUUCCCAUCUGGCAGCCAAUGCGAGGAAGACCCCCAGGCGAUCCUGGACGAGCACCUAUCCCGUGUACUGAAGACACCUGGCUGCCAGUCACCAGGUGUGGUUCGGCACUCACCGUGCUCACGCUCCCCAGAUCGGACAGAUGCUUUGGUGUCCUCUGGCCACGGGCCCUUCUUUGGUGCUUAUCCUGGGGCCGCCAAGGCUCUGAUGACAGGCAAGCAGUCCACUAAGCACAUCCACCACCACUACAUUCACCACCACCACGCUGGCGUCAAGACCAAGGAGCAGAUUGAGGCCGAGGCGGCUCAGCGCGUGCAGUGCCUCUGCCCUCCAGGGGGCGCCAAUUAUUCCGACUUCAUCCCUGCUCGUUGCAGCACUUUGUCCAGACGACCAGUCAAAGACACCGACGAGGGCGUGUCUUCGCCACGUCUUCCCCUAGAUGCCACCGACCGCUCUCAGAAUGUUUGGCAGUGGAUCCUAGAGAGUGAGAGGCAGGGCAAGCACAAGCCACACAGCACUCAAGGCCUAAAGAAGUCCAACCCGCUUGACUCCAAGACUCUGCCUGGUCGGACUCACUCCUCUUGGGGUGGAGGCGGCAUUGGCAGUGGGGCUCACCUCCGUGGCCAUCACCCAGGCCACCCGUUCAUCCAGGACCCGGCCAUGCCACCCCUGCCCCCACCUAACACCCUGGCACAGCUUGAGGAGGCCUGCCGCAGACUAGAAGAGGUCUCCAAGCCACCGAAACAAAGGCAUUCAACAGGAGCCAGCAGCCUUCAGAGAGACAGGAGCCACCCAGCAGCAGCCUUCCCCACUUCAGGCAGCCCGCUAGCAAGCCCCGGACUCCAAGCAGACGAGUCUAAAGAGCUAAUGAUCACCUACUUCUUCUGUGGUGAGGAGAUUCCUUAUCGCAGUGUGAUGAAGACCCACUGCCUCAACCUGGGACACUUCAAGGAACAGCUCAGCAAGAAAGGCAACUACCGGUACUACUUCAAGAAAGCCAGUAAUGAGUUUGAGUGUGGUGCCGUGUUCGAGGAGGUGUGGGAGGACGCCACCGUGUUGCCCAUGUAUGAGGGCAAGGUCCUGGGCAAGGUGGAGAAAAUGGACUAAAAGCCACUUUGUUGCCAUCCAACAACCCAACCAACGCCCUUCCCCGCCCAACCAAAAGCUAAACUGUCCCUAAAAAAAAAAAUUGAGCAAGAGACUCUUUGUAAUUAACAAAAAAUACUCUGGACUCCUGUUUUUGUUUUUUGUUUUGUUUUUUCUUCUAUUUCUUAAUAUUAAGCUAAACAGAGUUAAUAUAUCCAGCACAAGAGGAGUGUUUGAAGGAAGACGAGCCAAUGAAGUAUGUCGAACCCAGAGGAGGUGCCGCCCCUCCCUGACUUUAUCAACCAAUCAGCCUUAGAAACACAAGGGAAUGACACGAGAGACUUAAAAAGACCAAUACAAGGAUGAUGACGAUGAUGAAGAUGAUUGGAGGCCAGUGGGGGGGAGACCCCGCCUCUUCUUGAAUAUAACCACUGAAGAUAUAGAUGACUGUUUUGUUGUGAUGUGAUGAGCAACUGAUGGUGCAUUCAUGCCAAGUGCAACGGACUAGCAGGCGCUGAAGACACGGCUCCACCAACCUGCUCUUAACGCUACACUCCAACAUCGUUACAAAAACGUCUGUACAUGUGCAUAUACAUACAUGCAUAUAUGUAUAUAUACAUGUAUUAUAUAUAGAGAUGCUUUUUGUCUUGAGUUGAAAGUUUUUAAGUAUUUAUUGAAAAAAAAAAACCCAACCCACUCUUUUCCCUGUUUUUAAAAUCCUGUGUCCCUCCCCCUCCCUAUUCCAGCCAAUGGGCAAGCUGCUUUGAAUGUUGGGAGAAUACUGUGGUGAUAUUGUUAAGUGUUUGUUUUUGUCUGUUUUUACUUUACACAAAGGAUGUGACACUAGCCUAGCACCUCCCAUCGCCUUGUAGCCCUGUCUGAUCCAAACUAACAACCUUAGCAGUGGUCGUGUCUGAGGCGCACUCCCUCCUCUAUUCUAAUGGUCAAUCCCAGUCUUAUAUGCUGCUGAUAAUUUGUAAUGUUUGUCACACUAGUAUUUCCUCUCCCUCGUUCUCCCCCUCCCUCUCUUUUUCCCCUCAGUCCGGUGACAGAGCUCAAUCUUUUUUGUUGUGCCUUUGUUUGUGAACCAGGCAUUGCACGAGGGUAGGGGGGUGAAAACAGUUGCAGAUACACACAGAGGAGACCUGGAGCACAAGCUGUACCAUCUAAUAAUGGCAGUGUUUACAGCCCGCACACUAAAAUAACUUUUGCUAACAAGAACAAGUGAGAAUGACUUCUCAACGGAAGUCAGCUAGUGUGUCAAAAGACACACAAGAAAAGAAAACAGAACAUUGAAGAAUUAUGGCUCCAAUAUCCUAUGAAUGUUGUUACAGUAACAUCGUAUAUAGCAGAGCUCCUGUAUACAUUGUAAUUAUGCAUUCUGAAGUACGGAUACUGACACGUGAUGCACACACACACACAGUGCACACACAGUAUCUCUGGUGUUUUAUGAGUACAGCACCUGUGCCUACAUGGAUGCCAUACCAUGUGCUACCCUGUUUCAGGGUUUUAAUAUAUAUCCCUUGGUUUUCAGAAGGGUUUUAUGUUGAAAAGAUAUUUUUAUGCUUUUAAUAAUAUCCUGUAAUCAUGUUUUGUUUUUACACCACGGCCUUUUUUUUUGUUUCAUUAUAUCUAAACUGUAAAUUAUACAUUAUAUAAAGAGUUUCAUUUAAAGAUUUACAUGGACCUAUAAUUAUUGUAAUUAUUGAGAGAUGUAGCCUUUAUUAAAGUUUUAUAUUUUUCAAAUGAAAGCUGUUGUGUCUGGAUUUGCUUCUUUCUUGAUUGUCUAGAAUAAGCUGUCAAUGGUUUUCACUGCACUUCUAAUGUCAUCACGAUACAUUGUCUUAUAUCAUGGUCUGGCUGAAUCCUCGAUUGGCUAAUGUUGUUGUUAAACAUACUUUCAAAUUAUACUUUUUGUUUAUUCAACUGCAUGCAAUGUUAAUGACUUUAAAUGAUUAUAAAUAUUUCUGGCUCAAGUAAAACAGACUUUAUGUUCAUGUUGCCAUGUCGUAUCUAAGGUUCGUCCUAUUUACUGGAGUAGUGACCAACGUUUCCAUAGCAUAAGAACCUUAUGGGAUGGUAAUGAUUGUUCCAGGUAUUAGCAAACCCCCAGGCGUUACCAGGGAUUGUGAAAAGUUUUGAAUAGCAAAACGAAUGGAAAAUCUACAUAUAUGGUCUUAAUUCUUCUUGCACUUGUCGUGUUUUUUUUGCUGUCCAGACUUGCAUUCUUGAUUAUAUCCAGACUAAAGCAGUCUGGAUACAAUCUGGAUAUGCAAAAGAAAUGUUGGGCAGGCAGUCUGAACGAGGCCUUAGAGAAGUCCCAUACAAUUGGAACAUCCUAUAUGAUUCUGGGCAGAGACCUUUUCUUGUGUGUUAUAUCCUCUCCUGCUGGGAAAAAAGCCAAAAUAUUAUCUCAAAAGUAUCAGUCUGAUAAAACCAACCAAAUGCAUCAAUAUCAGCUGUUUAAUUGUAAAUGCCACACUUUAGCUAAAUUUGAAGAAAUAUUGAAUAGUGAACAUCACACGACACCCCAUGCUUCAGUGAAAUGAUAGCCUAUCUAUUGAAAAUGACAGAAUUUGCUAAGUAGGGCAGUAUGUACUGUUAUUAAAUACUUACGUGAAUUAUUCUUGACAGUUACCAGCUUUCUGUAUAACCUCCACGUCUUUCUCAGUAAUGAAGAACACGAAAUGUUAGCGCCAUCCCCAUUGAAGCGGUACAGCAGCGCUAUGAUCAUACCACAGCACAGAUUGAAGGUGGACAGGUGAUGAAUGAAAAUAAGUCUUGUAGUCGCAUCACACAGUCAGGAGUUUCACAACCUUAAAAACCUGUCUUUGUGCCGGAAAAAUAAUGGAAGUUUAAAUUUGUGAAUGCAAGCUGUUAAUUCACUGCGUAAACAGAAAUCACUUAAAGCCUGUAACCUUUUGAUGUGUUACAGUCCCUCAGUGGUUAAAUGUGCGCCUUCAGUAUUCAGCACUGUAUA